UAAUCACCGACGCUGAUGAAUCCUGUCUCCUUGACUUUCACUUUUAUGUGGUCAAUAUUAAAAUGGUUGUCGUAUUUUAUUGUACGCACCUUCAUCGACAAGAUCUAGGUCUGUUGGUUUUUAAAUAUUUAGCUCCGUCAUUGAAAUUCAGAGCCAAAAUUUUGGCCAUGUCUAGUAAAAAAAACGUCUACAACUAAGUCAGAAAACUAUGAUGAGUUCUCCAUCACCGAAGCACAAUGGCAUACGAGAAUCGAAUCGUCUAUUAUCAGAUGAUGAUGGUGAUGAUUAUGAUAAUCAUCAGGCUAAAGAUAAAGUCUUGGCCAUUGAAAUCGAGAAAGUUGACGCCGGUGAUGUUCCAGAGAUGGUCCCACCUUUUUCUUGGAGGAAGCUAUGGGAGUUUACAGGGCCUGGAUUUUUAAUGAGCGUCGCAUUUCUUGAUCCUGGAAAUUUGGAAGGAGAUUUACAGGCUGGAGCCAUUGCGGGCUACUCGUUGCUUUGGUUGCUUAUGUGGUCCACUUUUAUGGGCUUGCUUAUACAGCUAUUGUCUCUUAGAUUGGGUGUUGCUACGGGGCGGCACUUGGCUGAAAUCUGCAGGGAGGAAUAUCCAAAUUGGGCCAGGAUUUUGCUUUGGUUAAUGGCGGAGGUGGCUCUGAUUGGAGCUGAUAUUCAGGAAGUUAUAGGAAGUGCCAUUGCUAUUAAGAUACUUAGUAGUGGGGUUAUUCCUCUUUGGGGUGGUGUCCUCAUUACUGCUUCAGAUUGCUUCAUCUUCUUGUUUCUGGAAAAUUAUGGAGUAAGGAAACUAGAAGCUUUUUUUGCUGUUCUAAUUUCCACUAUGGCAUUAUCAUUCGCCUGGAUGUUUGCUGAGACUAGGCCUAAUGGCAAGGAACUCAUAAUAGGUCUUUUGCUACCAAGGCUCAGCUCAAAGACAAUUCAGAAAGCUGUUGGAGUUGUUGGUUGUGUCAUAACUCCUCACAAUGUGUUCCUAUACUCUGCUUUGGUGCGGACAAGGAAAAUUGAUCCCAAAAAGAAAGAAAAAGUUCAAGAGGCAUUGAACUACUAUACGAUCGAGUCAUCAAUUGCUGUUUUUGUUUCAUUUUCUAUCAAUUUGAUGGUAACAACUGUCUUUGCCAAAGGUUUCUAUGGAACUCCACAAGCGAAUAGCAUAGGGCUAGUAAAUGCUGGGCAAUAUCUUCAAGAAAGAUAUGGUGGAGGGUUGUUUCCAAUUCUCUACAUAUGGGGCAUUGGCCUUUUGGCCGCUGGUCAAAGUAGCACGAUGACUGGUACUUAUGCUGGUCAGUUUAUUAUGGGAGGUUUUCUGAAUCUGCGGAUGAAGAAAUGGAUAAGGUCAGUGAUUACAAGGAGUUGUGCUAUCGUGCCAACCAUAGUCGUGGCCAUAUAUUUCAACAGAUCAGAGGAUUCACUCGAUGUUUUGAACGAAUGGCUAAAUGUACUUCAAGGAAUGGUGAUCCCAUUUGCUAUUAUUCCUCUUCUAACAUUGGUGUCAAAUGAGCAGAUCAUGGAAGUCUUCAAGAUUGGGAAGCUUAUGGAGAGAACUGUUUGGACAGUAGCUGCUCUGGUAAUAAUGAUCAAUGGAUAUGUUAUGUUGAGCUUCUUCCUUUCUGAAGUUAACGGCCUGCUGUUUGGUUUUGUUGUUUGCAUGGGAGCUUCAGCAUAUGUGGCUUUUCUUGUAUAUCUCAUUUCCCAGCGUCACAACCAGGCGGAGUUGAAUGGUUUUACUCACCUUACAAAUUAAACUAACAGCUUUAUCUGAGAAUUGCGAACUAUUACAACCUAACGUGAUCAGGGAAACUACCCCUCUACCUCCACCCUCUCCAGACCUCACUUGUGGGAUCACACUGCGUAUAUUAUUGUUGUUGUUGUGUGAUCAGGGAAAUGGAAGAGCAGGAGAAUACAUUCGAAAAGGAGAGAUUCCUAUUUUGACAACAACCUUUUGGUCUAAAGAAGCUUGAAUCCGAAAAGUUUUGCAAAUUUGGCACUACAGAACUAUGAAAAAAGCUGAGACAUUGAUCAAGUCUCUAUAAGAUGAAGUUUUUAAGUCUCAUGAUUACUGUAUGAAGAGAUCAGGAGCUCAAACAUGGGGAUGGAAUGCACUACUUUCCUCUUUUAAUCCUGUGUACAUAAUAGAAGUGUUAUAAACUUGGAAGUGUUAUAAACUUGGACGAAAACAGUAUAUUGUUCCCUCCAUUUCAAAGAAUGAAAAGGAUAGAGGACGAGUAUUAAUUCCUACGUAAUUAAUUCUUGCAUUAUAAUCU